AGGCGGGGUGGCCCGUAGGCUCCGAAGCGUCCGGCGCGGCGGUUCUUGUCCAGUUCCCUGGGAUCCAGCCCGGCAGGAUGGCCGAGGAAGGCGCGGUCGCCGUCUGCGUGCGGGUUCGGCCGCUCAACAGCAGAGAAGAGGAGCUUGGAAAAGAUACUCAAGUUUACUGGAAAACUGACAAUAAUACUAUUUAUCAAGUGGAUGGGAGUAAAUCCUUCAAUUUUGAUCGUGUCUUUCACAGUAAUGAAACUACUAAAAAUGUGUAUGAAGAAAUAGCAGUACCAAUCAUAGAUUCUGCCAUACAAGGCUACAAUGGUACUAUAUUUGCCUAUGGGCAGACUGCAUCAGGAAAAACAUAUACCAUGAUGGGUUCACAGGAUUAUUUGGGAGUAAUACCCAGGGCAAUUCAUGACAUUUUCCAAAAAAUUAAGAAGUUUCCUGAUAGGGAAUUUCUCUUGCGUGUGUCUUACAUGGAGAUAUACAAUGAAACUAUUACAGACUUGCUCUGUGACACUCAAAAAAUGAAGCCUUUAAUAAUUCGGGAAGACUUCAAUAGGAAUGUAUAUGUGGCUGAUCUAACAGAGGAAGUUGUUAAUGCAUCAGAAAUGGCUUUGAAGUGGAUCACAAAGGGAGAAAAGAACAGGCAUUAUGGAAUUACAAAAAUGAAUCAAAGAAGUAGCCGCUCUCAUACCAUUUUUAGGAUGAUUUUGGAAAGUAGAGAGAAAGGCGAACCUUCUAAUUUUGAAGGAUCUGUCAAGGUGUCCCAUUUGAAUUUGGUUGAUCUUGCAGGCAGUGAAAGAGCUGCUCAAACAGGUGCUGAAGGUUUGCGACUCAAGGAAGGCUGUAAUAUAAAUCGAAGCUUGUUUAUUUUGGGACAAGUGAUCAAGAAACUUAGUGAUGGACAAGUUGGUGGUUUCAUAAAUUAUCGAGAUAGCAAAUUAACACGAAUUCUCCAGAAUUCCUUGGGAGGAAAUGCAAAAACACGAAUUAUCUGCACAAUCACUCCAGUGUCUUUUGAUGAAACUCUUACUACUCUCCAGUUUGCCAGCACUGCUAAAUAUAUGAAGAAUACUCCUUAUGUUAACGAGGUAUCAAGUGAUGAAGCUCUCCUGAAAAGAUACAGAAAAGAAAUAAUGGAUCUGAAAAAGCAAUUAGAGGAGGUUUCUUUAGAAACUCGGGCCCAGGCAAUGGAAAAAGACCAGUUGGCCCAACUUUUGGAAGAAAAAGAUCUACUUCAAAAAGUGCAGAUUGAGAAAAUUCAAAACUUAACACGGAUGCUGGUGACCUCUUCUUCCCUCACAUCACAACAGGAAUUAAAGGCUAAAAAAAAACGAAGAGUCACUUGGUGCCUUGGCAAAAUUAACAAAAUGAAGGACUCAAACUAUGUAAAUGAAUUUAAUAUGCCAGUGAAUGUAACAACAAAAACACAUAAGGCUGCUGUAACUUUAGGAGAAAUUGAUGAAUCUUUCUGUUCAGAGUCUGAUAUUUUCAGUAACACUCUUGAUACAUUAAGUGAGAUAGAGUGGAAUCCAGCAACAAAGCUGCUGAGUCAGGAAAACUUGGAAAGUGAAUUGAGUUUGCUUCGUGCUAACUAUGAUAAUCUGGUAUUAGACUAUGAACAACUAAGAAGAGAAAAUGAAGAAAUGGAAUUGAAAUUAAAAGAAAAGAGUGAUUUGGAUGAAUUUGAGGCUCUAGAAAGAAAAACGGAGAAAGAUCAAGAGAUGCAACUAAUUCAUGAAAUUUCCAACUUAAAGAAUUUAGUUAAGCAUGCAGAAGUGUAUAAUCAGGAUCUUGAGAAUGAACUAAGUUCAAAAGUAGAGCUGCUUAGAGAAAAGGAAGACCAGAUUAAGAAGCUACAGAAAUGCAUAGACUCUCAGAAGUCAGAAAGUUUGAGAAUGGACUUGUCAUACACAUCGGAAAACACUGAAGACCUAAAACAAAUGAAACAGACUCUGCUUGAUGCUGAAACUGUAGCUCUUGAUGCCAAGAGAGAAUCAGCCUUUCUUAGAAGUGAAAAUCUAAACCUGAAAGAUAAAAUGAAAGAACUUGCAAGUACAUGCAAGCAAAUGGAAAAUGAUAUUCAGUUAUAUCAAAGCCAGUUGGAGGCGAAAAAGAAAAUGCAAGUGGAUCUGGAGAAAGAAUUACAGUCUUCUUUUAAUGAAAUAACAAAACUCACCUCCCUUAUAGAUGGCAAAGUUCCAAGAGAUUUGCUCUCUAAUAUGGAAUUGGAAAGGAAAAUUACCCAUCUCCAGAAAGAUUUGAAUAAAGAAGUUGAAGAAAAUGAAGCUUUGCGUAAAGAAGUUAAUUUGCUCUCAGAAUUGAAAUCUUUACCUUCAGAAGUAGAAAUGCUAAGGAAAGAGAUACAUGAUAAAUCUGAAGAGCUCUAUAUAAUAACAUCAGAAAAAGACAAAUUGUUUUCUGAAGUAGCUCAUAAGGAAAGUAGAAUUCAAGAUUUACUUGAAGAAAUUGGGAAAACUAAAAGUGACCUAGCAACUUCCCAGUGGAAUUAUGAAAGCACUGAUCAAGAAUUCCAAGAUACUAAAAAUCAUCGUAUUGAAUUUGAGCAAAAGUAUAAGAUGAUCCUUGAAGAGAAUGCAAAAUUGAAUCAGGAAAUAGGAAAUCUCUCUAAAGAAGCUCAAGAACUUGGUUUAAAUUUGGAUGCUUUGAAGACGGAGCUCUCUCACAAAACCCAAGAACUUCAGCAGAAAACAACUGAGAAUCAAAAAAGCUUAAAGGAAGUGGAAGAGCUGAAGGAACAAUUAGAAAGUAGAGAAUCUAGGCUUCACACUGUAGAAAAGGAGAAAACACUGCUUACUGAGAAUCUUCAACAAACCUUAGUGGAAGUAAAAACCUUAACCCAAGAAAAGGAUGAUCAAAAACAACUCCAAGAGAGCCUGCAAGCUGAGAGGGACCAACUCAAAAGUGACAUUCAGGAUACUAUAAACAUGAAUAUAGAUACCCAGGAACAACUGCGAAAUGCUCUUGAGUCUUUGAAACAGCACCAAGAAACAAUUAACACACUAAAAAUGAAAAUUUCUGAGGAAACUUCCAAAAAUUUGCAUAUAGAGGAAAACUUAGGAGAAACUAAGGAUGAAUUGCAGGAAAAGAUGGUUGGCAUAAGUGAAAAACAAAAUUUGGAAGCCAGAAAAACCCAAGCACUGAUUGCAGAUGUUGAAGAUAAUGAGCUAAUGGAGCAACAGAGAAAGAUACUUUCUUUAAUACAGGAGAAAAAUGAACUGCAACAAAUGUUAGAGAGUAUUACAGCAGAAAAGGAACAACUGAAGACUGACCUAAGGGAAAACAUUGAAAUGACCAUUGAAAACCAGGAAGAAUUAAGAAUUCUUGGAAAGGAACUUAAAAAGCAACAGGAGAUAGUUGCACAAGAGAAGAACCAUACUAGAAAGAAAGAAGAAGAGCUUUCUAGGACCUGUGAAAAACUGGCAGAAGCUGAAGAAAAGCUGAAGGAAAAGAGCCAACAACUCCAAGAAAAUCAGCAACAACUUCUUAGUGUACAAGAAGAAAUGAGUGAGAUGCAGAAAAAGAUGGAUGAAAUGGAAAAUUUAAAGAAUGAACUGAAGAACCAAGAAUUAGCAUUGGAACAUAUAAAAAGUGAGAGGCUAGAGUUGGCUCAGAAACUUCAUGAAAAUUAUGAGGAAAUGAACUUCAUAGCCAAAGAAAGGAAUGAUCUAAAGGAAUUACAGGAGUCAUUUGAAAUAGAGAAAAAUAAGCUUAAAGAACACAUAAGAGAAAUUGAAGCUACUGGUCUGGAAACAAAAGAAGAACUAAAAGUGGCCCACAUGCAUCUAAAAGAGCACCAAGAAACUAUUGAAGAACUAAGAAGGAACAUUUCUGAGAAGACUGUUCAAAUAAUAAAUAUUCAGAAGAACUUAGAAAAAUCUAAUACUGAAUCACAGGAAAAGAUCCCUGUGCUUCAUGAGGAACAGGAACUACUUCCUAAUGUAAAAGAAGUCAGUGAUAUUCAGGAAACAAUGAACGAACCAGAGCUGUCGAAAGAACAAUCCAAAACCAAGGAUUCAAUAACACUGGCAAGUAUCGAAAUGGAAGGUCUCAGGUUGACUGAAAAACUUCAAGAAAGUCACGAACAAAUAAAAUCUCUCACUAAGGAAAGAGAUGAUCUUAAGAUGACAAAAGAAGCACUUCAGGUUGAAUGUGACCAGCUGAAAGAAGAAAUUAGAGAAACUUUGGCUAAAAUUCAAGCAUCUCAAGACAAACAAGAACAGUCCUUCAAUCUGAAAGAAAUGGACAGUGAGACUAAGAAAACCAUGAGUGAGAUGGAGCAGUUGAAGGAGCAAUUCAAAGUCAAAGAUGCAGCACUACUAAGACUAGAAAUGGAAAAGCGUGAGUUGUCUGAGAGACUACAGGAAAGUCAUGAUGAAAUGAAAUCUGUAGCUAAAGAGAGAGAUGACCUACAGAGGCUACAAGAAGUUCUUCAACGUGAACGGAACCAACUCCAAGAAAACAUAAAAGAAAUGGUAGCCAAACACCUAGAAACCGAAGAGGAACUUAAAGUUGCUCAUUGCCACCUGAAAGAACAGGAGCAAGCUAUUGGUAGACUGAGAGUGGAUCUUUCAGAGAGGGAAACUGAAGUACCAAGCGUUCAGCAGGAAUUAGAAACAACAAAUGAUAAAUUACAGGAAAAGACCCAAGAGCUUCAUGGGAAACAGAAACAAUUUAUUACCAUCAAAGAAAUCAGUGAGACUCAGGAAAAAAUGAGUGAACUGGAACAGUUAAAGGAACAUCUCAAAGCCAAAGAUUCAUCACUACAAAGAAUAGAAAGUGAGAGGCUCCAGUUGACUGAGAAACUUCAGGCAAGUCAAGAAGAAAUAAAAACCAUAAUUAAGGAAAGAGAUGAUCUGGAAAGGGUGCAGGAAGCCCUUCAAAAGGAAAGAGACCAACUCAAAGAAAACAUUAAAGAAAUGGUAGCUGAAAUUCAAGAACUUCAGGAAGGACAUCAACUUCUUAAGAUAAAAAAUGUCAGUGAGACUCAGGAAAAAAUAUGUGAAAUGGAAAACUUGAAGAAGCAACUUGAGGCCCAAAAGUCAACGCUGGAAAAUACAGAAUUGGAGAACAUGAGGCUAACUCAGAGACUCCAUGAACAUCUUGAAGAAAUAAGAUCUGUUACAAAAGAAAGAGAUGACCUUAGGAGUGUGGAGGAGACUCUCAAAGUAGAGAUAGACCAGCUCAAGGAAAACAUAAGAGAAACCACAAUUAGAGACCUGGAAAAACAAGAGGACCUAAGAAUUACUCAAGUGAAUCUGAAAGAGCACCAAGAAACUAUCAAUAAACUCAGAGGAAUUAUUUCAGAGAAGACAGAUGAAAUAUCAAAUAUUCAGAUGGAUUUAGGAAACACAAAUACUUCCUUAAAAACACAGAUCCAAGAGCUUCAGGAGAAAGAACAUCAACUCUUUAAGGUAAAAAGUGAUCUCAGGGAAAAUAUAUAUCAAACAGAGCAACUGAAGAAGCAAUUAGAGGCCCAGAAUUCAACCCUGGAAAGUAUAGAAACAGAGAAGUUGAGGUUGACUCAGAAACUCCAUGAAAACCUUGAGGAAAUAAAAUCUGUUAUCAAGGAAAGAGAUGAGCUGAGAAGAAUGGAGGGAACCCUCAAAACAGAGCGGGACCAGCUCAGUGAAAGCCUCAGUGAAACGAGAGCUAAAGACCUGGAGAAACAAGAGGAACUAAGAAUUGCUUACAUGCAUCUGAAAGAGCACCAGGAAAUUAUUGAUAAACUCAGAGGGAUUGUUUCUGAGAAGACAGAAAAAAUAUCAAAUAUGCAAAUGGAUUUAGAAAAUUCAAAUGCUAAAUUACAAGAAAAGGUCCAAGAACUUAAAGCAAACGAACAUCAACUUUUUAAGUUAAAAGAAGAGGUCAGCGAGACACAGAAAAAAAUGUGUGACGUAGAGCGACUGAAGAAAGAAUUCAAGACCCGAAGUUUAACUAUGGAUAAAAUAGAAAUGGAGAACUUAAAUUUGGCUCAGAAACUUCAUGAAAACCGUGAAGAAAUGAAAUCUGUAAUGAAAGAAAGAGAUAACCUAAGGAGAAUAGAAGAGACUCUGAAACUGGAGAGAGACCUACUCCAGGCUGACCUGCAAGGAGCUGUAGCUAGAGAUCUGGAAACACAAGAGGAACUAAAAAUUGCUCGUAUGCAUUUGAAAGAACACCAAGAAACUAUUGAUAAAUUCAAAGAGAGACUUUCAGAAAAGACAUCUCAGAUUUCAAAUAUUCAAAAGGAUUUAAAUAAAUCAAAAGAUGAAUUACAGAAAAAGAUACAAGAACUUCAGAGAAAAGAGCUUCAACUUCUUAAAAUGAAAGAAAAUGUCAAUAAAACUCAUAAAAAAGUGAAUGAAAUGAAACAAUUGAAGAAGCAAUUUGAGGCCCAAAAUUUAUCUGUGCAAAACGUGGCAAUGGAUAACUUAUACUUGACUAAGAAACUUUAUGAAAGCCUUGAAGAAAUCAGAAUUGUAGCUAAGGAAAAAGAUGAGCUAAAGAGGAUAAAAGAGUCUUACAAAAUGGAAAGAGACCAAUUAAGAGAAAUGAUAGCUAGAAAUCAACAGAACCACGAAGAGCUGAUAACAUAUGAAAAAAAGUCACUAUGUGAUGGAAACCAGCACCUUAUAGAAAGCCUGAGAGAAAAGUGCUUCAGGAUAAAAGAGCUCCUUAAGAGAUACUCAGAGAUGGAUAAUCAUUAUGAGUGCCUGAAUAGAUUGUCUCUUGAGUUGAAGAAGGAAACUGAAACCCAAAAAGAGCUUUCUAUUAGAGUAAAAGCAAACCUCUCACUUCCAUAUCCACAAGCCAAGCAAAUUCAAAAACUUCUCACUGCAAACCAAAGAUGUUCCAUGGAAUUUCAUAGAGUCAUGAAUAAACUUCAGUAUGUGUUAAGCCACGUUACAAAGACAAAGGAGGAACAACAUGAAUCCAUCAAUAGACUUGAAAUGGCUUUUAUUGGUGAAGUGGAAAAGCAGAAUGAACUGCUAAUGAAAAUACAGCACCUUCAGCAAGAUUAUGAUGUACCACCCAUAGAAUUGAGGGACCUCAAAUUGAGCCAGAACAUGGAUCUACAUAUUGAGGAAAUUCUCAAGGAUUUUUCAGAAAGUGAUUUCCAUAGCAUAGAGAUUGAAUUUCAACAAGUGCUAAGUAAUAGAAAAGAAAUGACCCAGUUUUUGGAAGAGUGGUUGAAUGGUUAUUUUGAUAUAGAAAAGCUUAAAAAUGGCAUCCAGAAAGAAACCGAUAGCAUUUGUCAAGUGAAUAACUUCUAUAAUAACAAAAUAAUUACUAUAAUGAAUGAAUCAACAGAGUUUGAAGAAAGAAAGGCUACCAUAGCCAAAGAAUGGGAACAUGAUCUGAAAUCAAUGAAAGAAAACAAUGAAAAACUGUUUAAAAACUACCAAACUUUGAAGAUCUCCCUGACCUCUGGUGCCCUUGUUAAUCCUACUACACAAGACAAUAAAAAUCGUCAUGUUACAUCAAGAGCUACACAACAAGCCACAGAGAAAAUUCAAGAGCUGGAAACAUCACUCCGUGAAGCUAAAGAAUGUGCUAUGCGUAAAGAAGGCAAGAUUCUAAAGAUGCAGAAAGAACUUGAGAUGACCAAUGACAUGAUAGCAAAACUUGAAGGACAAGUUAAUGAAUCAAAUGAAUGCCUAGAAAAAACAAAAGAAGUGAUCCAAGUACUUCAGGACAAACUUGCUUUAGGAGCUAAGCCCUAUAAAGAAGAAAUUGAAGAGCUCAAAACGAAGCUGGUGAAAAUAGACCUAGAGAAGAUGAAAAAUGCCAAAGAGUUUGAAAAGGAAAUUGCCUCGAUAAAUGCCACUGUAGAAUAUCAAAAAGAAGUUAUAAGGCUAUUGAGAGAAAAUCUUAGACGAAAUCAACAAGCCCAAGAUACCUCAAUGGUAUCACAACAUAUUGAUUCUCAGCCUUCAAAUAAACCCUUAACCUGUGGGGGUGGCAGUGGCAUUGUACAAAGCACAAAAGCUCUUAUCCUGAAAAGUGAAUACAUACGGCUAGAAAAGGAAGUUUCUAAGUUAAAGCAGCAAAAUGAACAGUUAAUAAAGCAAAAGAAUGAACUGUUAAGCAAUAAUCAUCAUCUUUCCAAUGAGGUCAAAACCUGGAAGGAGAGAACCCUUAAAAAAGAGGCUCACAAAGAACUAACUUGUGAGAAUUCUCCCAAGUCUCCUAAAGUGACUGUAAUAGCCUCUAAAAAGAGACAACAUACGUCUUCUCAAUGCAAGGAACGAAAUUUGCAAGAUCUUGUGUCAAAGGAAUCACCGAAGUCUUGGUUUUUCGAUGGCCGGUCAAAGUCUUUGCCAGUUCCUCCUCCAGUUCGCUAUUUUGAUAACUCAGGUUUAGGCCUGUGCCCAGAAGAACACAUUGCUGGAGCAGAGACUGGGGAUUCCCAGCCAGGUCCCUGGCACGCCUCCUCCGGAAAAGAUGCGCCUGAGUGCAAGACUCAGUAGACUCCUCUCUGUCACUUUUCUGGGGACCCAGCGUCCCAUGUUUGGAAAUGCCUGCCUUUAUUACUUUGUAUGCCUAUCCCUGGCAAUGAUGUCAUGUCCAACUUAAUUUCAGUUCAGUUUUCACUGUGCCAGUAGAAUUGGAAGAUGAAGGAACGGGAUUCAUUCCUAUAACUCAAUGGUGAUAGCAAUGCCGCCUUCUUGAAUGUGGUAAUCCUUUAGAAGAUGAAUAGUUUUAUUUAUUUAUAUGCUUUGUAAAGAAUAAAGUUAUUGAGGGAAAUUUCUAAUCUUUCCAUGUAUACAUUAAAAUGUAUACAUUUUUAUUAAUGUAAAGAUAUCCUCAUAUGACUUUGAGAAUUCCAAAGCCUGAUUCAUAAAUUAAUAUAAAGCGUCAU